GAUACAGGAGAUAGUGGAAGCCAGAAGGGACGUGACGGAGCCGCACUGCUCUUUGAACAGGCGACGCCUUACCACAAGAGGUACCUCGUCGCUCCACGCCUGGUGAGCGAGCUUCAAGGCUCGGCUAGCGAGCCGGCGGCAGAUGAUGAUACCCAGGCAGCCGCGCCGGUGAGUGGCUCAGGGCCACCAAGCACCGCGGCUUCGACAUGGCGUUCCUGGGAGUGGCAAAGUUCUUGGGGCUCAUGGAAUCAAGCAUGGGACCAGUGGGGCGGCUCAAGCUGGUAUGAUACUGGCAGUCGUGCGGGCACAUGGCCCAGCUCCCCGAAGCCGCAACUACCAGAGUUGAUUCCAGAGUUCGUACAAGCUUGGAUGCUGCUACAAGACGCAGGUUUGGAUCCAGCGGAAAGGAACACGGUGAUGGUGGCUACACAGGGUGACAUGAGGUUACAACGUGUUGCGCAGGAACUGCGCAACCACUUUGUGGACGGCGACCUCAAGAAGCGAGACAGUCAUCGACGAGGGCAAGGCUUCAUGGGAGAGGCCUACUUGGGGGCGAAUGAGGACGAGCAAGAUGAUGACUACAUCCAGGAGACCGCCUUCGAUGCAGAGGCCGAGCUCAACGAAGAGGGUCUGGCCCUUUGGGGUGAGACACAACAAGAACUACAACAAGCGAUGGCGGCGGUGCAGACCGCGCGCCGCACCCUUCGUGGAGCUCGCGAGCGCCAGAAGCAAGUUAAGCAGAAUCGCCAAUAUUAUCGUGGCUCCAGUUCUUCAUCAGGGCAGCCGAGUGGUCCUCGUCUAUGUCUUCGCUGCGGCCAAAGCGGGCACAAGGCGGCAGAAUGUCCCGCCGCAAAGCCACAGGCAUCGCAGCAGAAGGAGAUGGCGCCAUUCAUCUGCUUUGUUCAGGAAGACCGGGAGACCGCUUUGGAGCUCCAUGAGGCCGGAACGAAUCCCAUAUCCACGGCCGAGGCGGUUACCAGUGGAAAAGCCGUCAUUGACUGUGGAGCCACAAAGUCACUGGGCUCGGUUGAAGCCCUCGAACAUGUGGUUCGCUUGAGCCAAAAUGGAGUGAGUCGAGUUGACACAGAGGAUGCGCCAGUGUUCGGGUUUGGAAACUCUUCUGAGGAUCGUUGCCUGUCGACCUUGCACCUUCGUCUCGCUGCAGGUGGACGCCCAGGGGUGAUUCGCAUCCAUGCCUUGGACAAGGGCAAUGCACCAGUGUUGUUGAGUAUUACAACCCUCAGGGCACUCGGCGCCAUGAUCGAUUUCUCCAACGACAGCAUCGUGUUCCGCAAGGUCGAUGAUCAACGGGUGCUACAGUUGGAAAGCUCUUCGAGCGGCCAUUUGCUGCUACCUCUCACUGGGGAUAUCUUGGAAGGAGCUCAACAAGCUACGAGGCCGGUUCCAUCCUUAAGCGAGUACCUGGUGCAGAACAAGAGCACUACAGAUGCCAACCACAGUCGUCCCUCUUUUUCAUGUACAGGCCAGGCCGCUGCAAGUGCAGAGGCUACCGACGAGUCGCAAGUCACAGCGGCUGGCUAG